GGAAGUAAACCUUCUUCGUUAAGGUUCUUCCUCGGCGCGCAUAUAAAUACGUGCUUCACACUAUCUCUGACUACUUUCAGUAAUACUCUCCGGCUAUAAUCUAAGAUCUGGUGGUAAUUGUGUGAUUGUGCGUGUGUUUUGGGAAGGUAUGGAAAUGACGGCGAGAGAACACAUAAAAGAGAUACGUAGAAAAAAGUUUUCAAUCGGAGGAGAACUGAACCCAUUGACGGAGGAUCUUCACCAGGCCGUCAGGAACCUCUCUGCUGAACUUUACGCCAAGGAUGUCCACUUUCUCAUGGAACUCAUUCAGAAUGCGGAAGAUAACGAAUACAUGGAGGGGGUUGGUCCAUCUCUUGAGUUCCUGAUAACCUCGGAGGACAUUACGGGCACGGGAGCUCCAUCUACAUUACUUAUUUUCAACAACGAGAAAGGUUUCUCUUCUAAAAACAUAGACUCCAUUUGCAGUGUUGGUCGGUCCACCAAGAAAGGCAACAGGAAACGAGGUUAUAUUGGAGAGAAAGGAAUUGGGUUCAAGAGUGUAUUUCUCAUUACUGCUCAGCCCUACAUAUUCAGCAAUGGUUAUCAGAUACGAUUCAACGAAGAGCCUUGCCCACAUUGCAACCUUGGGUACAUAGUUCCAGAAUGGGUGGAGGAGAACCCAACUCUUUCUGAUAUACAACAGAUAUAUGGUUCCAAAACAUCCCUCCCUACAACAACAAUUGUCUUACCUUUGAAGCCUGAUAAGGUCGAACCUGUGAAGCAGCAACUCUCAAGUGUUCAUCCUGAAGUUCUUUUAUUCCUAACAAAGUUGAAGCGGCUCUCAGUCAGGGAACAUAAUAAGGAUCCUAAGCUCAAUACCGUUAGUGCAAUUUCUAUUACAAGCGAGACUAACUAUGUGAUGAGGAAGAACAUUGAUGCUGAGUCCUGCACAUUCCAUCUCUCCGCUGAGAGAAAGAAUAAUGGAUCUAACGCAGAAUGCAGCUACUAUAUGUGGAAGCAAAAGUUCCCUGUAAGGCAUGAAAACAUAGUGGAAAGAAGAAUGGAAGUAGAAGAGUUAGUGAUCACGUUGGCUUUUCCUAUUGGAGAGCGUCUUAACAAAGGGACCAGUUCACCUGGGAUCUAUGCAUUUCUUCCCACAGAGAUGGUUACUAACUUUCCUUUUAUAAUUCAGGCAGAUUUUCUUCUUGCAUCUUCGCGAGAAACAAUUCUCUUGGACAGCAAGUGGAACCAAGGGAUUCUUGACUGUGUUUCCUCUGCUUUUAUUGAUUUUUUUGUCUCCCUAGUUCGAACUUCUGAGAAUGUUCCUCCAUCAAGUUUGGCUUCCAUGUUCAAUUUCAUUCCUGUCAACAGCUCUUCUUAUCAAGAAUUGAACAAAGUGAGGAAAUCAAUCAAGGAAAAGCUUAUUAAAGAAAAUAUUGUCCCAAGUCAGUCGUACAUGCAACAGAAGUUCUUUCAUAAACCAUGCGAAGUCGGUAGGCUUAUGCCUGAUUUUUGGAACAUUUUGGAAAAGGCAAGGAAGCAGGUGAGCUUGCUUAAUCUCUCAUCCCAUGGAAAGUAUAUACUGAGUUCUUCACUUGAUAUAGGGGAGUAUGAUCACAUAUUGAGUUUCUUAGGAGUGGAACCAGUCAACAAUGAAUGGUACGCCAAGUGCAUCCAGAGUUCUAACCUUGUUGCAGGAGUCGCUGAGGACGUGUAUUUAGAGAUUUUACUAUUUGUUGCCGAGAAUUGGAAGUCAAAAUUUGACAGCACCAAGAUGAAAAGCAUACCAAUCAUAAAAUAUUUGGGCGUUGAUGGGGAUGUAUCUUUGUGCAGCAUAGAUGAAUGCAGAAACUCUUAUAAGGUCGUGUCCUCAUCCAAGCAUUCUUGUCAUUCUCAGUGGCUAAUUAAUUGGAACUCGAAAUUCCAUUGUCUUGCCAGUCGUUUUUUUAUGCCACAAAACACACAAGAAGCUAUUCGAUUAUUUCCUAAGAAGAUGACUUUACAACAAUGGCUUCAAGAACAUGUCAAGGUUGGAGCUGUGGAUGUAAAUGACUAUGCAGUUCACAUUAAUAACUGUAUCAAUAAUGACCGAAAGCUCGCCAUUGCCUUUGUUCACUUCUUAUAUCACUCUUUCGCAAAGAGUUAUCUGUCAAAAGGUGAAGUAGAUCAGUUAUGUGGUAUUAUGCCCCUCGUAGAUAACUAUGGGAAUUUAAUCAGGCAGAGGAAAGGGGUUCUGGUCCCUGCCAACCGAAGCAAAUGGGCGGGAUUGAUUGGUUCAAAUCCAUGGAGAGGUGAAGGCUAUGUUGAGUUAGGAGAAGAAUACUUGCGUCCGGAUUAUUUUGCAGGUGAAUCAUGUUCUGGAGAACAGCUCUUGGAGUUCCUUAAAACUCAUGUUGCUGCUUCUGAUAUCCCUCAUAUAGCUCCUCCCAAUGUCGCAAUUCCUGCUGUUUCUGCACCUCUCACCAAACAAAACGCGUUCUUGCUUUUGGAUUGGAUUCAAAACCUGAAAUGUAGGAUAACUCACAUUCCAGAGAGAUUCUUAGCUAGCAUAAAGGAAGGUAGCUGGCUGAAGAUUACUACCAAUGGCUGCUUGGGUUACAGGCCACCAUCUCGUUCAUUCAUGCUUACUUCUUCACUGGGAAACAUUUUGCAGAAUGGGUUAGUGCUUGCUGAUAUUCCAUUGAUUAAUGAAAGUUUCUAUGGUGAUCAAAUAAAUAAAUAUAAGGAGGAGCUGAAGACAAUUGGUGUCAUGUUUGAGUAUGGAGAAGCAUGUGAAUUUAUUGGGAAGCAUCUCAUGGCUCUUGCUGAUUCCUCCACUUUAACUAGAAGCCAGGUGCUCUCUGUUUUGAAUUUUGUCAGGUUUUUGAGGAAAAAUUAUCUUGCACCGGAAAAAUUCAUCAAUACUAUCAAAGAGAGAAGAUGGCUGAGGACAUCCAGUGGUAACAUGUCUCCAGUUGGAUCUGUUUUGUUUAAUCAUGAAUGGAAAGUUGCAUCUCAAAUCAGUUACCUCCCCUUCAUCGAUACAGGUUACUUUGGGGAUGAAAUCCUUUCUUAUAAAGAGGAACUUAGGUCCCUUGGCGUGUUAAUUGGCUUCAGUGGAAGUUACAAGCUUGUUGUAGACAAUUUAAAAUCACCUUCAUCCUUCUCUUCUCUGACAGCUGAGGCUGUUAUAUUGAUACUGGAAUGUAUGCAUCGUCAUUCAGGACAAUCCGACAAACUCAUCAGGACAUUGAAUGGUGUGAAAUGCUUCAAGACAAAUAUUGGUUACAAGUCUCCAGGAGAAUGUUUCUUGUUUAACUCUCAGUGGGCUUGCAUCCUACAUGUUUUCAGUGGUUUCCCACUCAUUGAUCAUGAUUUUUAUGGAGACAUCAUCUUCUUGUACAAAAACGAGUUGCAGCAAAUAGGCGUAAAGGUGGUUUUUGAGGAGGCAGUCAAAGUAUUUGCCCAGAGUUUCAAGCAGCAAGCGGCUUGCAUGACGAAAGAAAAUGUUUUGUCCUUUUUGUCAUGUUACAGACUGCUAAAGGAUACUCCACAUAAGUUUCCUUCAGAUCUUAAGAAACUUGUCCGUGAAGUGAAGUGGCUGCGAACUAGGCUUGGUGAUCACAGAUCUCCAAGCAAUUGCAUUCUGUAUGGUCCAGAUUGGCAAUCAAUUGCCCCAAUUACUCUGGUCCCUUUCGUAGAUGAUAGUGACAAUUAUUAUGGCAAGGACAUUCACAAAUACAAGAAAGAGCUGAAAAGUAUAGGGGUUGUCACAGAAUUCAAAGAUGGUGUAAAGUUAAUUGCUGAUGGUCUUGUUUUCCCACGGGACCCUUCCAUCAUAACUCCUGCAAAUGUGGUUGCCAUGCUGGAAUGCAUUCGCAUUUUAUUGCGUAAUCAUGAGAGUUACAAAUUUCCAUACACUUUCUGCAAUAGAAUCUCUCAAAAAUGGUUGAAGACGAAUUAUGGUUAUAGGUCUCCAAAUCAGUGCUUGUUGUUAGAUUCUACAUGGGGCUCUCAUUUGAAGCAUACAGAUGGACCUUUUCUUGAUGAAGGUUUUUAUGGUUCUAACAUUAGAUCAUACAAAAAUGAGCUUAAUCAUAUUCAUGUUAUCGUGGAUGUAAGGGAAGGAUGCCCAUUGAUUGCCAGUCACCUUGAUUUCCAUCAUGAAUUUUCCACUAUAGUUCGAAUUUAUAACUAUUUGAGUGAAUUUAAUUGGGAGCCGGACACUGAAGCAGCCAAAAGGAUUUGGAUCCCAAAUGGAACUGAGAAUGGAAAGUGGGUCAGCCCCGAAGAGUGUGUUUUGCAUGACAAUGAUGAUCUCUUCAGCUCACGCCUACAAGUUCUGAAAAAAUACUAUGACCAGAAGCUACUCUUUUUUUUCUCAAGGGCUUUCAAUGUUAAAAACAAUCCCUCUGUUGAUGAUUACUGCCAGCUUUGGAAGGUUUGGGAAAGUUCAAGACCCCAAGUGUCACAUGAAGACUGUUUCAAGUUUUGGGUCUAUGUUUCUAAGCACUGGAGUGGAAAGACUGAGAAAACUCUCACUGCUAUGUUGGAGAAAUUACCGGUUGCUUCAGAUUCAGAUGGAAUUUUGAUGUCAGACAAGCAUGAUGUUUUCGUUGCCGAUGAUCUUCUACUGAAGGAUCUUUUUGAACAGGUUUCUCCUCGACCCAUAUUUGUCUGGUAUCCUGAGCGAAGCUCGCCUUCAUUACCUCGGACAAAGUUGCUUGAAAUGUACAGGAAAAUAGGGGUCCGAACCAUAUCUGAAUCGGUAAAGAAGGAAGAAGCAUCAAUGGUGGAUGUUGCUCAACUCAAUCAGGUGAAUCCAAAGGAUAUUUUGAUUAAGAAAGGGUUGGUUAGGCUCAUCCUCGGUUUUCUAGCAGAUCCUGUGUUGAAGAUGGAAGCAGAGAAGCGACAUGAAGCUGUUAAAGGGCUUCUGAAUAUGACUUUCCUGGAGACAGUCGAACCCAUCACUGUAAAGUAUACUUUAUCACUUUCUUCAGGGGAAAUCGUGGAAUUAAAAGCGAGCCGGAUGAUACGUUGGGAGAGGGAGGCCUCAAAGUUGUUUGCACAAAAGUUGGACAGAUCCAGUGGAUAUAAGAAGAUGAUUGAGUAUGCUACAUAUUUCUCUGAAGCAAUAUCAGAGGGUUUGUUGUGGGAAAACAGCGAUCAUAUUGGUGCACUAUUUGAGCUGAUAAAGUUGUGUUUCGUCCUUGAGUUUAAUGAGGAAGCAGUGGGGUUUGUAAUGAAGUCCAAGAACAUGCAGAUUUUCAAGGAGGACGAGGAGUUCCUUGCAUCUAUCUUCCCUUCAAACUAGGUAAUUAAAUAGUUACUGUCUGUGUUUAAAUUAAAUUAGGUGUGUUUGGCAUAAAUAUCAAGCAUGAAUCAGUUGCUGAUUCUAUUUAUAUACUGCUCUUGCCAUCAUGAUGUGUAAA